AUGGACAUGGGGAGAGAUCAGCUCUUCAGUUACUGGUCCACGAGCAUACCAAGCAUACCAGGACCUGCUCAGUAUGUCUUCGCUCACGUGCAGAGGGCCCGCAACCACAGUCUGUCCAUGCUGACUGCGGCACGAGGCGAAAUCGAUUUCGCGGAAUCUACGCUACUCUACCCUGCUGGAGUCGCUGCGCUGUCGAUCCUUGUAUUCCUGGUACAGUUGGCAUUGCAUGUUCGUACCCAAAAGGCGUACGCAAAGCUUGCUCAGUCCGAACCCUCGCCCAUAUCUGAGCCUCUCCAUGCUCCAGAAGAGAGUGAAAACGCGUCUGCAUCGGUAAAAUACGUCAAGGAACACGGGGGCGUCGUCCUCGUCGCGUUCAAUGGAUUGCGUGCCGCGUCAACCCUGGGGCUCCUGGGCAUGUCCAUCUACAGCGCGACCGAGUCCCUGGGCCACUCUGAAACCUGGGAGCCUCAGAGCUUCGAGAUCAUCUUCCACGUUGGCACUUUUGUUACCUACGUGUACGCAUCAGCGCUUGGCAUCACCUCGCUGCUUGCUGGUCCCGUCCUAAGUACGACAGCUGUUCGCCACCUGAACUGUAUUCUGUUCACUGCGUUGUCGGUCUACGCGUACCGCGAUCUCUGGCCCUUGGCGACGUUCACGUUACAGCCCAUGGAUCUCGCAGAGGGCCCUCUACUUUGGGCCAGGAUCUCACUCUUGACCAUUAGUAGUAUCUUUGUGCCCCUCAUGAUCCCUCGGCGCUACAUUUCUCUCGAUCCAGAGAAUCCAUGGGCGAACCAGCCCAAGGAGCAAACGGCUUCUAUCCUGUCACUCAUGCUGUUUAGCUACCUUGACCCGACGGUCAUGCUUGCGUCGCGCGUCAAACACCUGACCAUUGACAUGCUGCCUCCUCUGGCCUCCUCUGACGACGCGCAAAAUCUCAUGAAGCGCAGUCUGAAUGAAAUCGACCCGUUCCGAGUCAAGACGAAGGGCAGACAUCUUAUGUGGGGUCUCCUGCGUGUCUUCCGAAUGGAGUGGAUCGUCAUGACCAUCGCGACCGUUUUUGGCACUAUCUUAGAGUUCAUCGGCCCGCUGACUAUUCGAUAUAUCCUGAUGCAAGCUAAACAAUCUGUACUCUCGUACGUCGAGACGGACGGCGUAGGCGCCACCGUCCGGCCCUGGUUCUGGAUCGUGAUGCUGCUUCUCGGACCGAUCCUCGAAUACAACUUCGGCUCUGUGUACAUAUACCUCUCCAACAGAGUGUUAACUCAAGUGGAGGCGAUCAUCACACAAGUCGUCUUUGAGCAUGCUCUGCGCAUGCGCAUGAAGGCAGACGUAUCGCAAGAUCCUGCUGAAAGUGAAGGUGACACGACCGUUGCCGGCACGCCCGAUACGGCUUCCGACGCUGAAUCGAGCGCUACCGCUCCAACAGCUCAGGAAAAUGGUAACGACAGCGAGGGCGACUCCGCAGCGGGCAAGGGAAAGCAGAAAUCCACGACACAGACGGUUCCCGUGGCUGCACAGAAUGCGGACGCCAACAGAGUUGUUGGGAGGGAGGAGAAGGCAAAGCCAGCAGACGAUGACAAGAAGGGCAAGAACGUCGUCGGGAAGAUCAAUAACCUCAUAUCGUCCGACCUCACCUCUCUCGCCUGGGGUAGGGAGUUCUUGACCCUCCUGGUCAAGCUUCCCGUCGAAAUUCUUUGUUGCGUAUGGUUCUUGUACGCCGUCUUGGGCUGGAGUGCGUUUGUGGGACUUGCUUCCAUCAUCCUCUUGUUCCCUGUCCCCGGUAUGAUUGCAACACGCAUUCGCAAGGUCCAGAUAGUGAAGAUGAAGAAGACCGAUGCACGUGUGCAGAGCGCGACAGAAACCAUGAACGUCAUCCGUAUGAUCAAAUUGUUUGGCUGGGAGCCCCGAGUUGGGAAGCAACUGGCUGAGAAACGUGAGGACGAACUGGAGCUCGUGAAGAAAAGCAAGUUGCUCGACCUCAUCAACAAUAACCUAAACCACGCCAUUCCUUUGGUCACCAUGAUCGUGACCUACGCGACAUACACCAUGAUCAUGAAGCGAGAUCUUACAGCGUCUGCUGUCUUCUCAUCUAUCACGGUGUUCGAUACUUUCAGCCAGCUGAUGCAUAUGGGCUUUGGUUUCGUGCCUAUGAUGAUUCGAGCUAAGGUGUCGCUGGACCGAGUGAAUGAGUUUUUGCAGAAGACCGAACUACUGGAUAAAUACUCUGAGCAACCUGAUGAUAUCCAGACUCAGAUCGCAGCGCAGCCGGAAGACGACGUCAUUGGUUUCCGCAAUGCUUCCUUCACCUGGGCGGAUCAAGUCAGUGGCUUAGCGGCUUCAACCCCUGGAAGCGGGCGAAGGAAUUUUACCUUGCGUAUCGACGACGACCUGGUGUUCAGGAAAGGCAGUAUCAAUCUCGUGAUUGGCCCGACUGGCUCGGGAAAGACCUCCUUGUUGAUGGCUUUGCUGGGCGAGAUGCACUACAUACCCGCCGGUCCUGAUUCGUUCUACAAUCUACCUCGGACUGAUGGUAUUGCUUACGCCGCGCAAGAGUCCUGGGUUCAGAAUGAAACCAUCAAGGACAAUAUUGUCUUCGGCGCACCAUUGAACGAGGAACGUUAUCAAAGGCAAUGUGCGCUGAAACGCGAUCUCGAGUUGUUCGCUGCUGGUGACCAGACGGAGGUUGGAGAAAGGGGCAUCACACUGAGUGGCGGUCAGAAGGCGCGCAUAACACUCGCCCGUGCCAUAUACUCUAAGUCGCAGAUACUGCUGUUGGACGAUGUUCUCGCUGCGUUAGACGUUCACACGUCACGAUGGAUCGUCGAGAAAUGUUUCAAGGGUGAUCUUGUCCGUGGGCGAACGGUGCUACUCGUUACGCAUAAUGUCUCUAUGGCUAGUCCCAUCGCCGAUUUUGUUGUUGCCCUGGGCACAGAUGGUAGAGUGUCUAGUCAAGGCUCCAUUGCUAAUGCUCUUGCACACGACAAGAAACUCGCCGCUGAACUUGCUAAGGAGGAGCUGGAACUCGAGAAAGCGGAAGCCACCGUUGACGAGCAGACCCCGGAAAAGGCCCCGAAGGAGGAUGGCAAACUUGUUGUUGAAGAAGAAGUCGAAGUCGGGCAUGCCGGUUGGCAAGCAAUGAAACUCUUUAUGCAUGCAUUGGGAGGGAGCCAUCAACUCUUCUUUUGGCUGAGCUUCCUUGGAGGGUUAGUUUUUUACAUGACUUUCAGCAUCCUGCAAACUUGGUUCCUUGGAUAUUGGGCUCGACAGUACGAAGAAAUGCCUGCGUCCGAAAUCAAAGUCCCACACUUCCUCGGGGGAUACGGGUCGAUCAUGAUCAUAUCAGUCCUUUUCCACACGGCAGCCUACUAUGUAUACACAUUUGGGUCGCUGAGAGCAUCAAGAACCGUACACGAUGACCUGAUAUCUUCAAUUCUGGCGACGACAAUGAGAUGGCUUGACAAAACACCCACAUCUCGAAUUAUCGCUCGAUGUACCCAGGACAUCCAAGAAGUCGACGCUUCCGUGGCAAGAUGGUUCAGUACCAUCGUGGAGAUGUCGUUGGAGAUGCUCAUGAAGCUUGGUGUGGUGGUGGUGAUAUCCCCGAUCUUCGUCGUCCCUGGUGUUUUCAUUGCCGCCGUCGGUGCCUGGAUUGGCGAGUUCUACAUGAAGGCGCAACUCGCGAUCAAACGUGAAAGAAGCAAUGCGAAGGCUCCAGUUCUCGGCCACUUCGGAGCCGCUUUUGCAGGUCUCACCUCUAUCCGUGCAUAUGGUGCGCAGGAGGCGUUCAAAAAAGAGUCGUAUGUGCGUAUCAAUCGAUAUACUCGGGCUUCAAGGACAUUCUGGAACCUCAAUCGCUGGGUGGGCAUCCGUAUUACUUCCCUCGGAUCGUUCUUCUCUGCGGCUUUAGCUGCCUACUUGGUAUACGGGAAGGCAAACACCGCAUCCAACACUGGAUUCUCCCUGAACAUGGCAGUCGGGUUCAGCAGCAUGAUUUUAUGGUGGGUGAGGUUCUUCAAUGAAUUGGAAAUAUCAGGCAACAGCCUGGAGCGCAUCAAGCAAUACCUUGAGAUCGAGCACGAGCCCAAACCUACACCCGAAGGUGUUCCACCCGCAUAUUGGCCAGCCAGCGGAGACUUGGUAGUCGAUAAGCUCUCCGCUCGAUACUCUCCGGAUGGACCUCGCGUCUUGCAUGAGAUUUCAUUCGAGGUGAGAUCAGGGGAGCGAGUUGGCAUAGUCGGCCGCACUGGUAGUGGCAAGAGCUCUUUGACUUUGGCACUGCUACGAUGCAUCAUCACCGAAGGCAAGGUGUAUUACGACGGGCUACCGACGGAUAACAUCAACUUGGACGCUCUCCGAUCGACUAUCACAAUCAUCCCGCAAGUGAGCUGUUGA